AUGGCGCUGGCCAACAAAAUAAUAGCGCCCGUGCAGGCAGCAGCCACCCAGCCGGGUCAGGGCCUGGGAUCAGAGGUGGUGGGCCUCUGGGCCAUCGCUGCGUCGCUGUGCGGCCUGCCGAUGGAGCAGUUCCACCUGACGCAGCGGCCGGGCCGCGACGCCGGGACCGAGCCUACGGAGCACACAAUCACGCUGACAAAUGUGGCCGCCCACAUGGCCGCACCCCGGCGGCGUGGGCAGCAGGCGGCCGCGGGAGCCGCGCAGCCCCCCCCGGCAGCGGCGGCACAGCAACCGCCCAACCAGCAACCGCAGCAGCAGCAGCAGCAGCAGCAGCAGCAGGGACAGGGACAGCAGCAGCAGCAGCAGCAGCAGCAGCAGCAGCAGCCGCAGAGACAGCGGCAGGCGCUGCAGGCUACCCACGCGCCGGAUGACGGAUUCGACAGCACCCACCACCUGCAGGCGGCCCUGUCCCACUUCGCCAGGCAGAAAUGCCCAGGGGCUGUCACAAAGGUCAAGGUGCACGACGCCAACACCUUCACAGGGCAGUUUAAGGUCACACUGACCUUCGCCAGCAGCAUCGGCAUGCUCACCUUCCUGGCAGAGGCGAUCCUCUGGCUGCAGCUGCCGUGCAGGGACGCAUCGGGGGACAUCACCCUGGCGUGCCCCGAAUGGCGCGGCGCCGUGGAGCGGGUGGACCCGGUGCUCGACUCAAUGUACACGGCCCUCGUCGUGUACAAGUGCGCACAGCAGGUGCCCCCCCUCGCAGCACUGAAGCAGGCCAGCAUCGCGGCAUUUCUGCAGAAGUCGGCGGCCGCGGGGGUGCCCAACCCCCACCUACAGCCGGUGACAGCGUCCGUGCUGGCGGUGGCGCAGCAGGCAAUGGACAGCGACCUGGUCCGCAGCACGGAGUACGUGGCAGCGCGGAUGCGCCAGGACAACAAGUACAGCCUGACAGCGGCAGACCCCAUGCUGUGCGAGCGGCUGCGCGGCAGCGGCGAGGUGGUGUGGGUGGUUGGGCAGGACGGGCUGCGCUUCAGCCUCACGGCCAUGGCGGCCAUGGCGCCAAAGCUGCAGACCAUGUCGCCGGCGAUCAUGACUCACGCCACUCUGGUGCCAGCCGACGCGCGCUGCCUCCUCCGCGUGAGAAACGGCGACGGCGUGGCGCGGGCUGCCAAGGACAUCACGGCGGCCGACGCGGCGAGCUUCUGCUUCACGGCCACGGGCGUGCCCCUCGGGAAACUCAGCGGCCCGCUCCUGCGCCAGCUCGCGGGCUCCUCCGGCUUCCUCAGCAUCAUGAUCCUUCCCGCAGACGCCAGGGCGGCGGCCGCUUUGAGGGUGGGCCACGCGUGGGCCCGCACCGCACUCGCCGGCGUUGCCAUGGGGGCGCCAAUCGUCAUCAGAGGGGCGGCGUGCUCGGCCAGCGGGGCCACGCCCAUGCUGGGCGGCAAGCUUGAGGGCAGGGAGGGCAGGGAGCGGCAAAUAGCAGUCACCGCAGCCAUCAGCGGCACUCUGCACCUGCCCUACGACGUGGUGGAAGCGGCUGAGGCCGCUGCAGCAGCAGCGAAGGCCGCGCGGGCGCGCGGGCAAGCAGGGGCCAAUGCCGCGGCUGCGGGAGGACCGGCGGCCGCCGUGUGGGGCCAGGUGGAAGACUGGCAGACUCUGCAGCGCGCGCCUGCCGCCCCCCCAGGGGCCGCAGGCGCGCCACCGGCACGCCUCAGCCGCGCUGGCUACAAUGCCGUCAGGGGGGCGUUCAAGCGCGACAUGCUCGAGGCUCAGGCCCCGUCGCCGCAGCAGCCACAGGUGCCGGAGGAAGAGGUGGGCUUCGGAUCGUUCUCGGAGGAUGAAGAGAUGGAGGAUGGGGCGGGCGCUGGGCCCGGGGCGGCAGCGGGGCCCGCGGCGGCCGCGCCUGUGGCGCCGGCGGUGCCGCCCGGAAUGCAGCAGCCCGUGCUGCUGCAGCCCCCACCCCAAGCGCAGCUGGGGCCGAUCGCCGCCCCUGCGGCACCUGCGGGACCUGAGGCGGCCGCGCCCGCGUGCCCGCGGCGCAGCCCGCAAUGCAGCAGCCCGCACCGCCGCAGCCCCCACCCCAAGCGCAGCCGCGGCUGA